GAGCGGCUAGGAAAGUUCCGCUAACUUCCUGGCUGGCUGCCCGGAGGCUCCAGCUGCUGUCGCAUCGCUGCAUGAUGGAAACCAGAGGACCAGGCGUCUCUCUGGUCUCUCAUGUCAGGUGUCAGUAAGAGCAAGUGAAAUUAGACAACCUUUACAGGAUCCUGAGCUAAGUUUAGCUAAGCCUCCAUGUUUCUGCUCUUGUUCACAUCAGCCAGUCAACUCAUGCUGAGCUGGUAACUCGGAUGUAGAUGUGACAAACGACGGCUGACUCACACAAACAUAUUCAGGAACCAGUGAAUCUUCGUUUUAGAGGUUUUUGCCCAAAUCGCUGCACGUUUAAUUGCAUUUUAGUUCCCAUUUCCUUUCUUCUGACUGCUUUGGCUCUAAUUGUAGCAGCUCUGCAGGACUUAGCUGAAAGCGACGUUUCUUGGUGAAUCACAUCAUGUCGUCGUUUGUUAAGGUUUGGUGACAGUUUCCACCCCUUGACAACAGGUCAUGCUGACUUGCAGAAACAUUUUAAUGGUCAACAUGACGACUUCGUGGAGUGACCGUCUGCAGAACUAUGCUGAUGUACCAGCCAACAUGGAUGGAGUGGCCAUGAAGAAGUAUCGACGUGAAGCUCACCACAGAGUGUUUGUUAACCGAAGCUUGGCCAUGGAGAAGAUCAAGUGUUUUGGUUUUGAUAUGGAUUACACUCUCGCAGUAUAUAAAUCUCCUGAGUAUGAGUCACUGGGCUUUGACCUGACUGUGGAGCGCCUGGUAUCGAUUGGAUAUCCACAAGAGUUGCUCAACUUUGUCUAUGACCCUUCAUUUCCCACCAGAGGUCUGGUGUUUGAUACCAUGUAUGGCAACCUGCUCAAAGUGGAUGCCUACGGGAACAUCCUCGUGUGUGUGCACGGCUUCAACUUCUUGAGAGGACCUGACAUCCGAGAGAUGUACCCCAACAAAUUUAUUCAACGUGGAGACACAGACCGCUUCUACAUCCUCAAUACACUUUUCAACCUGCCUGAAACCUACCUCUUUGCUUGCCUGGUGGAUUUCUUCAGUAACUGCUCCAGAUACUCAAGCUGUGAAACUGGCUUCAAAGAUGGUGACCUUUUCAUGUCCUACAAGAGCAUGUUCCAGGACGUCCGAGAUGCUGUAGACUGGGUUCAUUUCAAGGGGUCCUUGAAAGAAAAGACAGUUGAAAACCUGGAAAAGUACGUGGUAAAAGAUCCGAAGCUUCCUCUGCUUCUCAGUCGCAUGAAUGAAGUAGCCAGAGUGUUUCUGGCCACCAACAGUGAUUACAAAUACACAGAGAAAAUCAUGACCUACCUGUUUGACUUUCCCCAUGGGCCAAAGCCCAGCAUGCCCCACCGACCCUGGCAGUCCUACUUUGACCUGAUCCUGGUGGACGCCCGUAAGCCUGUGUUUUUUGGAGAGGGAACAGUGCUGCGGCAAGUCGACACUACCACAGGUCGGCUGAAGAUUGGUACAUACACUGGACCUCUCCAACAUGGCAUUGUCUACUCAGGAGGUUCCUCAGAUAUUGUCUGUGACUUGCUGGGUGCUAAAGGAAAGGACAUCAUCUACAUUGGAGACCACAUUUUUGGUGACAUUCUCAAAUCUAAGAAGCGUCAGGGCUGGAGAACUUUCCUGGUCAUACCUGAACUGGCCCAGGAGCUGCAUGUGUGGACUGACAAGAGCUCCAUAUUUGAGGAACUUCAGUCGCUGGACUGCUUCCUCGCAGAGCUUUACAACUGGAUGCCCUUGUCUUCAUACAUAACAAGGCCCAGACUUGCAAGUUGCCAGUCCAUUCUUCCUUACUUUUGUGUUGCUGAGAAAGUGACCCAUGACAUGGACAUGUGUUAUGGGAUGAUGGGAAGUUUGUUUCGCAGUGGAUCACGACAGACACUGUUUGCCUCUCAAGUGAUGCGCUACGCGGACCUGUAUGCUGCCUCUUUCAUAAACUUGCUUUACUACCCCUUCAGCUACCUUUUCCGAGCUGCCCAUGUCCUGAUGCCUCAUGAGUCAACAGUGGAACACACACAUGUCAACGUCAUCGACACAGAGUCACCAUUGGCCACACGAAAUCGCCAUGACGUCGACCUUAGGGAGAUGGAAUGUAAACGUCAUCAGCUGACCCGAUCCAUCAGCGAGAUCCAGCCUCCCCACUUCUUCCCUCAGGCUCCACAGGAGAUAACCCACUGCCAUGAUGAAGAUGAUGACGAGGAGGAGGAGGAGGAGGAGGAGGAAGAAUAGGAGGAAGAGUAGAAGACAGUAGUUGAGCCUCUCUUUCAAAUCCAGUACAUCCAUUUUGAAUGUUUUAGGUUGUUUUUUCUUUAUUUAAUAGCUACAGGACUGUAUUAGCAGAGGCUGGUGAUCAGAGCCACGUGCACACCAGCUGAUAGGUUCGAACAAUUAGAAGAGCAGUUACAGGUCGUACACUUUCUACCUGGUCUUGUACAUGCUAUGGCCUACUGUAUCUAAAAGUGGUCUCGCUACAUCAAAAGGUAGAGGUGAGUUAUAAGGAGAGUUUAGAUUUAUAUCUAUAAGUAGUACAAGAUUUAGGCAGCAAGAUAGUGAGCUGACAAGUCCUGUAUGCAGAGUGUAGGAGAUAAAAUAUCUUUUUUCUUUGGGCAUCACCAACACGUUUAUCAGGAGAUGCGUCAUGUAUGCAUCCUUUCAUUCGUACUGUUCACUGCCCUGCCACCCAGUGUUGCACCAAAGCUCUCACUUUACAACAUGCAUAACAAUUAGGUGAAAUGUUAACCUUACCCCAAAGACACAAUCCAACCUAAAACUCCAUAAUACCACAACGCUGCUGAAACAGCCUCAUUAGUCACAGACAUUGGAUGUGAAAAAAAGCAAUAUGGUCCCAAAAAUCCAGAGAAUAAUGGCCAAAUGUAGAGAUGUGAUGGUAUAAUUCAACAGAAGAUAUUGUUAGAGGUUUCUAAACUAAAUCUAAAAUGUCUGGUGUGAGAUGUAUGUUCCUUCACACAAACUUCCAUCCGUAUUUGUUUUUUUCUUUAAAGGAGUUUUAGACACUGUACAAACUAAACACCCACACAUCUAAGUGUGGAUUUCUACUUGAAAUAAGUCAAACCGUAGUUUGUGUAUUGAACAGCUCCUAUCAAACUAGCUUUAGUCCUUGAACAGUGCUACUUCAGGUGAGGGAUUUUUGUUAAGCUGAGAGCUUGUAGGGUCUGCUGUGGUGGUCAGGCGACGGUGCCAAAAUCAUAUCCCUCGCUCACAAUUCAAGCACAAUAUUCACCCAUAUACUUGCCCUGUAGUUGUACACACUGUAAUGCACAACCACACUUCCCACGUCCCACAGGAUUAAUUAACCCUCAGGGACACGGUUACAACCUUAAGUCCUUAUUUUCAUGUCGUCUUGUUACAUUAUGUUUGUAAAAAUUCUGCCUCAGAAAAAGUGGCAUUGUAAACAUGUAAUAAUGUUUAGGUGUUACAGCCUGCUAAUGGUCACAAUCACAAAGGAAUGUGAAGUGGCUUUAUUCAUCUUGCUUUGAGCUGAUAUUGUCAUUAUUUUAAAACUUCUGUAAAUUUAAUGGGGAAAAAAACUGUAAAACUUCGACUGUUUUUUACAUUUUGACCAUAAUUUUGACCACAUCAAAAUGGUGUUUUGAUUACUGUCUGUUCUCAUUUUGUAAAUACUGUCACAUGACUUUAGUUAAGGCCAGUGUUGGACAGCCAACCUGUCCAGAGUGUACUCUGUCUUGUGCCCUAUGUGAAGUGGAGAAUUUGGGCUUAUUGGGAUAUUUUCAUUUGAAGCACCUGGGGCAUUUGUCCUGGCGUCUUCCACAGACAGGUGAACAUGCUGCUUCUCUGUCACUGCUCUGAUCAGGUCUGUGACCAUUGUGCCUGAUGUCAUAUGAAAUGUGGGCUGCGCUGUGACUGUCAGUGUCGGCACUAAUGUUGUUACAGACAGUGUCAGCAUGAGGAGGGAGUAAUAGUGUGUAUUUGUAUAUUUUAGUGCUUUUGUUUGAUUGUCAUUGAAAAUGUGUGAGAUUUACAGUUUUGUUUUGUUUUUUUUUACUGAGUGUGCUUUUGCUGCGAGGGUUGCAACCUCACACAGUUACUCAUAGAACUAGCUGAAGCUGCUUUGUCCUAAUUGGGCUAAAAAGACCUAUUUUUACUGUCUGUGUUGUAGUUUAGAACUUGUCUAAGUUUCCUGCUGUCUUGCGGUCUGAGCUCAAAUAGGUGGGAGUUUUUGUUAGUGUAGGAGCACUAGUUCCUCUGCUGCUAUUGAACGGUUUCAGAAUAGGAAAUGCUUCAGGGUGGAUGCUCCUAAAGCGAGCACUGCCAAUGGUUUUAAAUUUUCAGUUUUCAUAUUGUUGUCUCAUUUUAAAAGUAUAGAGCAUGCCUCUUCUGAUCAGAGUAAUUUGAUGUUAGCUGUUUUGAAAGCUUGCAUAGACUUUGAUAAUCAGACAUACUCAAAUAUGAAGUGAACCAAAUAAAUGUAUUUAAUUGUACCAUCAAUGGUUGAUGCUUAUAUUGAUGUUGCUUUUUUCUUUAUUUCAAAUGCUGCCUUGGUUUCGAAGAAUGUUGAAAAGCAGCAUUACAACAGAUACGUUGGUUUGAAUCAUGACUGAUGUUUGUUAAACAUCUCCUGGUCUGA